CCAGUGCUCUGUCCCAGUCCAGGCGGUGCCCCGGCCUGGCCGUCUCGCCCGCCGGCCCGACUGUGCGCUUGCCUGUCCUCCGGGUCUGCGUUCAUCAAGGGCCCUCGGCCUGCACGGCCCUGAGGCGGGCGAGCUCGACCAGCCGUGAAGAAGGCGAGAGGAGGAGAGGACAGGUGGAAUCAGCCGUCUCCAAAUCUCAGGGCUCCAACAGUGCCAGGUGAAACAGCCCACGCCCGCCCCUGGGGCCAGGACCAGCCGGCCGGGCGCCCCAGGCACACAGAGAACUCGCUGGCCGGCCACGAGCCGCCGAGAAAGGCAGCCCCAGCACACGCUGGGCUCUCAGCUCCAGGCCCCGGCUGGGGAGCCGACUGGAGGCCUCCCCACAGCUGUGCUCGACCCACAGCAGCUUUCUCCCGCGGGUCUGCAGCUGCGGACGUCGUCUGGCUUCAUCCCUCUCUGCUGCCCGCAUCCCUGUGCCGGGGAGUGAACUAACAAGUCAGGAGUUAGGACCCAGAGAUACGUCUUAGGCUCCAGGACCUGCCAGCGGCUGGAAAGCCACCCAGCACCCAGCGCACUUUGAGAAACACACAGCGCAGGGGCGGUGGCAGACGCCAGUCCCACCUCGGGCCAGGCGGGCUCUCCCCCUGGGGGUCCACUUCGAGCUUUGAGCCACUGUAUUUUCUUUUCCAAGCCCCUUUCCGGUGGACGUUCUCUGCUGUUAGAAAGAAAGGAGUCUUCCCUCUAAGGGAAGAGUCUUAUCAUGACGCCGACAGGUCCGGUGCUGGUGCUCAUCGUGGUCCUCGGCUCCUGGCCCUCAGCCACUGCAGGAUUCAGUUCAAUGGCAGAAAGUGAAGACGCCCUCCUCAGACAUUUAUUCCAAGGUUAUCAGAAAUGGGUGCGCCCUGUGUUACAUUCUAAUGACACCAUAAAAGUGCGUUUUGGAUUGAAAAUAUCUCAGCUUGUGGACGUGGAUGAAAAGAACCAGCUGAUGACGACCAACGUGUGGCUCAAACAGGAGUGGACAGACCACAAAUUACGCUGGAAUCCUGAUGAAUAUGGAGGAAUUAACUCAAUUAAAGUUCCAUCAGAGUCUCUCUGGCUUCCUGACAUCGUUCUCUUUGAAAAUGCAGAUGGGCGUUUUGAAGGCUCCCUCAUGACCAAGGUUGUGGUGAGAUCCAAUGGAACCGUCAUUUGGACUCCGCCCGCCAGUUAUAAAAGCUCCUGUACCAUGGAUGUCACCUUUUUCCCGUUUGACCGACAGAACUGCUCCAUGAAGUUUGGAUCCUGGACGUACGAUGGUACCAUGGUCGACCUCAUUUUGACAGAUGAAAAUGUUGACAGAAAAGACUUUUUUGAUAAUGGAGAAUGGGAAAUACUCCAUGCAAAAGGGAUGAGGGGAGACAGGAGAGAUGGUUUCUAUUCGUAUCCAUUCGUCACUUACUCUUUCGUUCUCAGGCGCCUGCCUCUGUUUUACACUCUCUUCCUGAUCAUACCCUGCCUGGGACUGUCUUUUCUAACAGUUCUUGUGUUCUAUUUACCUUCUGAUGAAGGAGAAAAACUUUCAUUGUCAACGUCUGUCUUGGUUUCUCUGACAGUUUUUCUACUGGUGAUUGAAGAAAUCAUCCCAUCUUCUUCCAAAGUCAUUCCUCUCAUUGGAGAAUACCUGUUGUUCAUUAUGAUUUUCGUGACCCUGUCAAUCAUUGUUACGGUUUUUGUAAUUAACGUUCACCAUAGAUCUUCCUCAACAUACCAUCCCAUGGCUCCCUGGGUAAAGAGGCUAUUUCUGCAAAAACUGCCCAGAUUACUUUGCAUGAAAGACCAUGUGGAUCGCUACUUUGUCCCAGAUAAAGAUGAGCGUAAACCAGUAGUGAGAGGUAAAGUUCUAGAAAAAAAGAAACAGAAACAGACAAAUGAUGGGGAAAAAGUUCUGGUUGCUGUCUUGGAAAAGGCUGCUGACUCCAUUAGAUACAUUUCCAGCCACGUGAGGAAAGAACAUUUCAUCCGCCAGGUGGUACAAGACUGGAAAUUCGUAGCGCAAGUUCUUGACCGAAUCUUCCUGGGGCUCUUCCUGGUAGUGUCAGUCAUGGGCUCAGUUUUGAUUUUCACCCCUGCUCUGAACCGCUCGCUCGCGCUCGUCAGGUCUACCACCUCUCGCGCCCGCACUCUCUCAGAGCAUCUCUCGCCCGCCACACUCCCACUCUAG